UGCGGAGGCCCCCGCGGCGGCAGGGCCGGGCGGGCCGCGACGAGCUCGGCCGCGGGGCGCCCGCCGCCCCUCCCCCCGCGCCCGUCGACCUUGUGGGCGGAAGCCUGCCGGAGCCGCCGGCGCCCGCGCGAUGGCGACUGCCGCGCAGCCCGAGGCCUCUUCGACGGACGCGAGCCGGCAGAGCCACCGCGGCGGCGGGGACGACGGGAUGAAGCCUGCGUUUCCGGAGCGCGAGUCCUCCCCACAAGAUGGCGGCGGCGGCGGCGUUGGCGGCGGCCUCUCCGCCGCGGAGCCCCAGGAGACCGCGGCCGCCGGGCCCGCCCGGAGCCACGGGCACGAGCCGCCCCCGCACACCUCCGAGGCGGCCGCCCUGCCCCCCGGCGCCGAGGAGCCGGAGAGGCCCGUUAGGCGGAGUUUUCAGAUCCCCAGGAAGAGCAGAGAAAAGAAAGCACUUUUCCAGCCGUUAACUCCAGGCUCUCGAGAAUUUGAAGAUGUUUUAAAUAUUCUCCAUUCAUCUUACCUUGAACCAUCCUCAGUAACAAAUUUUAAGUAUAGACGAGCUUGCUUGAUACGUAAUGAACUUUUGGAAAAAGAGUUUACAGAAAAAAGAAGAGAACUGAAGUUUGAUGGUCGUUUGGAUAAGGAACUUUCAGAAUCUUACGCAUUUCUCAUGGUUGAUCGAUACCAGGUUCAAAGCAUAUGUGAAAAAGGAUUGCAGGUGGGCCAAUCCAAAAUAACUAUUCUUGGCAGUCCUUCCAUGGGUAUCUAUCUUUGUAGGUAUGCAGAUCUCUUACAGUCUAAUCCUUUGGAAGCUGGGGCAGUAGGCGAUGUUGUUAUUUUUAAAAUAAUGAAGGGUAAAAUAAAGAGUAUUUAUGAUCCUCUGAGUGUAAAGAGCUUGGAACCUAUGUUAAGUAAAAAUACUUUGGAUCCUACACCAAAGCAUGAAUGUCAUGUGUCUAAAAAUGCCAGUAGAAUUACAUCCCUUUUGGCUUACAGAGCCUAUGAGCUUACUCAGUAUUAUUUUUAUGAAUAUGGCUUUGAUGAACUAAGACGAAGACCAAGACAUGUUUGUCCAUAUGCAGUUGUGUCUUUUAUUUACAAAGAUGAUAUACCAACUCCAAAGUUUGUGUCUUCACUGAGAUCUAACAGCUUUAAUGCAGAUAGAAACAUAGAUAAGUUUAACUACACCUUGUGGAAAGGACAACUUUUAAAUAAAGGAAAGCUUCUGUGUUAUAUUUCUUUGAGGUCAGCCACUCGUGCGUUUUUGCCUGUCAAGCUUCCUGAGAAGUUAGAUGUUGAAACAGUUAUGAGUCUUGAUUAUUUGAAACAGAAAAUUCCGCCUGCAUUGUUUUAUAAAGACACAUACGUGGGUCCCAAUGAAGUUUUAAAGAAUGGGAUGUAUUGUAGCCUUUAUGAAGUUGUAGAAAAGACAAGAAUUGGAAGUAACAUGGAGUGUUUACUGCAAAAACUGGAGAAAGAAAAACUUGUUCUUGUUAAACCUUUAGGAGACCGAGGAUUCCUUUUUCUUCUCUCCUCUUACCAGAUGAUUUCUCCAUAUGAACAUCACACUCUCAAGUCUCGAAUGCUACAUGCUUUGUUUCUGUUUCAAGAACCUAGAUGCCUAAUUAUCACACAAAAAGGUGUAACGAGUACAGCACAACAGGAGAGGCAAGAGAACCUACCAGAUGUAUUAAAAAUGACUCAGUUUUUACAGUAUGCUUUGAUUCAAUGUAGAAAAGAAUUCAAAAAUAUAAAUACUAUAAAUUUUCAUUCUGUUGUUGAAAAGUAUGUAAGUGAAUUUUUUAAUCGAGGUUUUGGUUCAGGUAAGCGAGAGUUUUUCAUGUUUUCAUAUGAUUCGAGAUUAGAUGAUAGAAAAUUCCUAUACUCAGCACCAAGAAACAAAUCCCAUAUUGAUGACUGCUUACAUACCUACAUUUUUCAGCCAGAAAGGUAUCAGUUACCUAUUUUUAAAUUAAAGGAGUUAUUUGAAGAAAAUCGAAAACGUCAGCAAUUUAGUCCACUUUCAGAUUAUGAAGGUCAAGAAGAGGAACUGAAUGGUUCAAAAAUGAAAUUUAGAAAACGGAAUAACUCAAGGGGUGAACCUACUGAACCUGGACAGCAGAAGUCAUCUCAUUCUUUGGACUAUGAUAAGGAUAGAGUCAAAGAAUUGAUUAAUUUAAUUCAGUGUACGAAAAAAAAUGUGGGAGGGGACCCAGAUAUGGAAGAUAUGAAAAGCAAAAAUGUCCUGAAGAGGAAGCUUGAAGAUCUGCCUGAAAAUAUGAGAAAAUUUGCCAAAACCAGUAAUUCAUCUGAAAAUUACCAUCUAUAUGAAGAAAAUCCACAGUCCAUUGGCUUACUUGGACAUGAUCCUAACUUGACCCUGCAGCAGGAGGAUACGUGUAACACUGGAGACAUCCAUAAGCUUUAUAAUUGGCUAUCAGAAGCACUAGCAAAUGCGCGACACUCAGAUGCAUUCCUGACAGAUACAGUCAACAAGGCCUUAGGGUUGAGUAGCAGUGGUAGCUAUGAAGAGCUAAAGCAAAAGUGUGAAAACAAGUUGAACCCUGCUUUAGAUAAGAAAGACUGUGAGCAGCCUGCUUGUACAAAAAUUGAAAAUGUGCAUUUUAAGGGUGCUCCGAGCCCGUUGCUAGAAGUUGAUGCAGCUCCUGUAAAGUAUCCUACUCUCCUUUCUACCAGUGAGGAUCCAAAUUUAAUUGUCAAUAAUUUUGAAGAGUGCAGUCUCUGUUCCACUGUUUCCAUUGAGCAUGGAUUUCUUAGACAGCCUUCUAAGUCAAAUGAUGAUGAAGAGACAGAAAUACAUUGGAAAUUGAUUCCAAUUACAGGAGGAAAUGCAAGAAGCCCAGAAGACCAGCAUGGGAGACAUGGUGAGAAACAAGCACCAGGAAUGAAAUCACCAGGAGAACAACUGGUGUGUCUACCACCAUCGGAGGCUUUUCCUAAUGAUCCCCGGUUAAUAAAUAGAGAAAGAAGUUCUGAUUACCAGUUUCCAUCCUCUCCGUUUACAGACACUGUAAAGGGCACCACUGAGGAGGACCUGUUAACAGGUCAGGUGAUAACAGUGGAAGAACAGUGUGUGCCUGCAGCAGAGCCUCCUACAGUGAGCGAAACAACAGAGAAUACAGUGUUAGGAGAGUUCCAUCUCUUUUCUAGAAAGAUAGAAGAGAUUUUAAAGCAAAAGAAUGUUUCAUAUAUUAGUACAAUUUCCACACCUAUCUUUUCAGCGCAAGAAAAGAUGAAUCGCCUUUCUGAGUUCAUAUAUUCUAAGACUUCUAAAGCUGGUGUACAGGAAUUUGUAGAUGGUUUGCAUGAAAAACUAAAUACUAUUAUUAUUAAAGCAUCGGCUAAGCGUGGAAUUUUGCCUCCAGUAAGCCCAAACCAUUCUUAUGCUUCAGCAGCAUUGAGUACUCUGGGAAAGCGUGUUGUAUCAAUUUCCUCAAGUGACUUCAACAAUAAAGACCUUUUCGAGCCACUCUGUUCUGAACCUUUAAAUGGUAACAGAUCUAAUGAACAGCUUUCAUCUUCAGUUGAAGUAGAAAUGAACCAACCACGCCACUGCAAAGAGUUAAUGUUGACUUCUGACCACACUGUCCCUGGUGAUACUGCCCUGGAACUCGCAGAAAAAGAAAGAACAAAAUCACCUAGUGAUAUAACGAUUUCUGCACAACCAGCUCUGUCAAAUUUUAUAAGCCAGUUAGAACCUGAGGUAUUUAAUAGUUUGGUUAAAAUCAUGAAAGAUGUCCAGAAAAAUACUGUGAAAUUUUACAUUCAUGAAGAAGAGGAGAGUGUGCUUUGCAAAGAAAUAAAGGAAUAUCUUACCAAAUUAGGCAAUACAGAAUGUCAUCCAGAUCAGUUUUUGGAAAGAAGAUCAAACUUGGAUAAACUACUGAUUAUUAUUCAAAAUGAAGACAUUGCAGGUUUUAUUCACAAGGUACCCGGCUUGGUGACUUUAAAGAAGCUCCCAUGUGUUAGUUUUGCUGGUGUUGAUAGCCUGGAUGAUGUUAAAAAUCAUACAUACAAUGAGUUAUUUGUAUCUGGUGGCUUUAUUGUGUCUGAUGAAUCAAUUCUAAAUCCAGAGGUUGUCACAAUUGAGAGCCUUAAAAUUUUUUUGACAUUCCUUGAAGAACUUAGUACUCCAGAAGGGAAAUGGCAAUGGAAAAUCCACUGUAAAUUCCAGAAGAAACUAAAGGAACUGGGCAGAAUGAACACUAAAGCUCUGAGUCUGCUGACUCUUUUGAAUGUCUAUCAGAAGAAACAUCUGGUUGAGAUUUUGUCUUAUCACAGUUGUGAUUCACAAAGUCGAAAUGCUCCAGAAAUGGACUGCCUUAUCAGGCUUCAGGCUCAGAACAUACAGCAGCGACACGUAGUCUUUCUAACAGAGAAGAAUAUCAAGAUGGUUUCCAGUUAUACAGAUAAUGGAAUUGUAGUUGCAACUGCUGAAGACUUUAUGCAAAACUUUAAAAGUCUUGUGGGCUAUCACAACUCAGUCACAGAAGAAAAUCUUCCGCUGCUUGGUGCUAAUGAGAAUCUUGAGUCACAGUCAGCUCUUUUAGAAAACGAUGAAAAGGAUGAAGAGGAUAUGUCUCUGGAUUCAGGGGAUGAUAUCUCACAUAUAGAAGUAUUCAGCAGUUUUCAUUCAGAAAUAUUGGCGAGAGAGACCAAAGGAUCAAGUGGAACAGAUCAAAAAAAGAAUAUUCAAAUUGAAUUGCAGUCAUCUCUUGACAUGCAAAACAGUUUAUUAGAAGAUAAGACUUACCAAAUUGAUUGUGAAGAGAAAGCUCCUAUUGAUAGAAUAUGCGCUGAAGGAGAAAACAGCAGUUCAGCACAACAAGAUUCGUAUAGCAACUUUCAGGCUUCCCAAAAUCAAUCAGAAAUGUCCCAUAAAUGUAGUCAUUUUAAUGUUCUCACUCAUCAGACGUUUCUGGGAACACCAUAUGCCCUUUCACCAACUCAGUCUCAAGAAAAUGAAAAUUACUUUUUAUCUGCUUACAAAAACUUGGAGAGAGAGAAAUCUCCACUAAGUUAAGGAUGUGUUCAAAGAGAAAUUACAGUAACUCAAAAAAAUAGGUUAUUGUGGACUUUUUUUCAGUUUCUUAAAAGUGAAUUGAUGAUUUAUAAACAAGUUUCUUGGCCUUUCUGAAAUGGUUUUUUUUUUUUCCUUUCCCAUGUAAAUCAUGAUGGCCUGUAACAUUUGAAGCAUCUGAGAAUUGAAAUAAAUAUAUUUUUUGGACAUAUUGUAAUCAGAUUAUCUCAUGUUGGCACCUGUCAGUUUCACAUUUGUUACCUGUACUUGGGCUUCAAAUUAAAGUGUGUUUUAUAUGUAAAUUUUGAUGUUUUUAAAAGAACAGUAAAUAGUAAUGACUUUAAUGUCAGAUGAUAAUUAAUUUUGCUGAAAUGUCAACUAUUUAUUUUGAUUAAAGCUUUUAUAUAGUGUUUUUACGUAUGUAUAUGCCAGCAGUGUAAAUAUUUAUAAGAUUUUGGCUCAGUACCUCAAGCUAUAUCUAACAGUGCAAGUAGCAUUUUCUUAAUCUUUAGGCUUAGCUAUGGAAAAAUUUAUUUCACUUAAAUUUUGGUCAACCUUUUGAAAUCUUUGAUAAAUACUGUUUUGUAUGAUCCUUUAGUGUUUUGUUUUGUUUUGUUUUUUUAUAAAAUUGGCAUCUGUUUUCAAUGGUAUUGGAGAACUUGGAGCAGAUCGUUGAGGUGGUCUUAAUUAGAACUAGUUAGGCACUUUAAUACUAUACUAAAUCUUCAUAUAAAGUAUAUGGUGGAGAUAGAUCUUAACCUCUCAUAACUCAUAUCUCUUGCCUAUUACUAAUGCUAACUUCAACAUUGUGAAAACUGACAUCUCCAUUUUAAUAUGAUGAAAAUAAAAUUUGUAGGAAAGGUAAACCAGAAUUCUAAAAUGAAUUUGUGUUGUUUCAGUAAGAGUAUUUCAGUGUGUUAAUAGUACUUCUCAUGCCCUAAAACAACUUCACAGAACAAAUGAGCAACAUAGUUAAGUCUAAAGGAACACUGUUAACAGGUCAGGAGUCUCCAGAUCUGCUAUGGUAAGUAGAACAUACUUUGACCUCCUAAUAUGCCAGAGACCAGUUGUUUUUUGUUUUGUUUUUUUUAACUAUAAGCUGUUUUAUUGUAUUUUUUAAAAAUACACCAUUUUACUACAUAACGUAAAGUUGUUCAUUGGGUGCUUGAAAAUGCAGCUGCGUGGUGAGCAUAUUUAAAACGAAGAACUAAAAUUAUCUUCUUGGUUUGCAGUUAAGGGUAUGAGAUUCGUUUCCAACUCCUUUUGUUUCUGGAGAAGACCCUGCAAUCACAUUGAUAUUUUAGUGAAGGUAUACAUAGCCAACCUAAAUAUUUUUUCUAUUUUAUAUUUCUCUUAAUCUAUGAUAGAGAAAAAUUAUUGAGCUCAGGAUAAAACUGUUAUUGGACAUAGCUCAAGUUUCAACUUUUUAAGUAAUUCUUGUAGUAAACCUUCUCAUUUGGGUAUUGUCUAGAGUAAUUUCUACUAUAAAACCAGAGAUAAUUUCUUUUAUUUUACCACUCUCAAGUGCUCUUAACAUCAUGAGAAGACACAGUGAGAGUCUUAACAUUCCCAGUGUUUAUCUUUGCUCUGCUGAAAUUGUGUAAGGGUUAUGGUGAAAUGAAAUGUGAACACCACAUUCCUUUUUCUUGCUCCUUUGUGUCAGUUACCCAGGCUGAGUCAUGAGCUCAAGCCAGCUUGUAAGUAGAUGUAGCACUUAAAGGGCACAAUUUAAAUGGUCUGAGCAGGGGUGGUUUUCCAGCUUUAGGAAGGGUGAUAAAGAAUAAGGAACACACAAGCCAAAUUUACCCCAAAUACAGUGUAAUAGGCCCCUGCCAGGUUUCAGCACAUUACCAGGUCUUAUUUUUGCCUGUGUAAAAGGUAGUUAAAAAAGCUUAUGCAAAAAUCACAGGAAUGUGUGUUAGGAGGGAAGUGUGGUAAACAGUUACAUGUAUAAUUUCAUUCUUUGAACAGAUCUGUUCUGUUCUGAACUUUAAAAACAACCAGGGACCAUUCAUGGAGAUAACCUAGAAUCCCCGCACAGAUGUAGCCCAUGGUAGUUCAGUGUCCCAAGUGGGUCUGGGUUCCAUAGUAAUGGAGACAGGGACUGUCUCUGACAUGAACUGAUUGGCCUACUUUUUGACCACCUCCCCCUGAGAGGGGAGCAGCCUUACCAGGCCACAGAGAAAGACAAUGCAGCCACUCCUGAUGAGACCUGACAGACUAGGAUCAGAAGGAAGGGGAGGAGGACCUCCCCUAUCAGUGGACUGGAGGAGGGGCAUUGAUGAAAAAGGGGGAGGGAAGGGUGAGAUUGGGAGGGAGGGAGCUACAGGUGGGAUACAAAGUGAAUAAACUGUAAUUUAAUAAAAAUAAAAAAUUAUAAGAAAAUUAAAGAAUGGACCAUAUUGGUUAAAAUUUAUUAAAGCGUAAUUGUUUCCUUUGUUCAUUUUAGCACUUUAUUGUGUUUUGAUGUUUAAAUGUACAUAUUUUUAAAUAAAAGUUGUCUUACUAUCGGAA